UACUAACCGAACACCAUGUCUUCUCCUCCUUUUCCCUAUUUUUUCCAGAUAUCAAAACAGAUGAACCAAGUGUGUAGUUCGAUACUGAACUCCACCUUCCAGAAGCUCCAGACACAGAUGCUGAAUCGUUUUCAGAUCGUGAAAGCAAAAAUGCCACGCAGAGAAUCCGCCCGUCGAAAUCACCCGCUGGCCUGCGAAUGUGAUAUCCUGGAAACCUGCUCAAUGCGUCUAUCGCUGCUGCAGAUGACAUUCGGCAAACAUAUCGAGCGGAAGCACUGUUGCUUUUUUCCUGGCGGGAUCCUGGAUGAGGUGUACUCGGUGCUAAAUUAUAUCCGGAGCACACCGACGUUGGCCCGACCCUUCAAGGUGACCGACGAGCUGUUUGACCUGUCGACGAUGGCCAUGGAGUACUUUAGGGAGCACCUGGAACCAAACUUACCUGAUAUAGCAUGCUUUAGCAAAGACUACACAUCUAGUACAAAACCGUUCACGACCCUGGAGGUAUCGUCCUCCAUCCUGUCGCGGGACACAUCACACUCGAGCUCGUCCUCGCCGCCCCAGAGCAACAUGGUGCUCCGGAAGGGUAUACGCAAAAUCAAACAGGGAAUGAAGAGAUACAAUAAUCAGCUGUCGGUGCUGCGAAGCGAGUUGCGUACCUGCAAGCGGAAGGCCACCGAGCAGGCGAAACAAAUUGCCGAGCAGCAGAAACUGCUGGCGGAACAGCAGAAGCAAACACUUGACUAUGCAAAUCGGCUCGACGAGAACGACAAAAAGAACGAGGAGAUAUCGCGGAAAUUUUCCACUCUGCUACAGGAACUGAAUAAGUGCAAAACCGAACUGCAAUACUGGCGAUCCAAAAGCCCGGCGACGCCCAACUGCAACGCCUGCGGUCAAGCCAUAGUGGCCAUGCCUCCGGAAGACCUACAAGCACUGGUCAACCAAGGCGUCCGGCCGGAGGAAGUGGGUCUGCCGGUGAUUGCAGAAGAACCGGCAGAUCUCCGGGAGGACAUCGACAACGCCCUGAUGGAUCUGGAUGCCCAACCGAUGUCCCCACUUCCUCCGGCAGUGGCUGUGGUAGCAGUUAUUGGUUCACCCCGGAGUCAGAAACGGAAGUAUGAAAGCGUUGUCGAAAGUAGUGCCAGCGAUGAGGCCCCAUUGGCCGGGUCAUCUUCCCCCAGCAGUGGAAGUGAAUCGGCAUCCGGGUCGUCUUCACCUCGAAACCCACCAUUCGCUUCGGCUCCAUUGGCUUCGAUUGUGGCAUCGUAUUCAUCGUCGGUGGCGGCUGGACCGUCAUCCUUAUCCCCACAUCAUCAUUCUUCAUUCAGUUCGGUGGCCUCGUCGGAGCCACCAGCAUCGGCUGUGUUGUCCCUAUUGGUACCCCCCGUCUAUUCCUCUCCCCCUCAUUCUUCCCAGGCUAGCCUGCUCUCCCCUCAGCAAGCUUCAGUGGCUUCAUCAUCAAACGUUUCCUCCCAUCUGAGUGCCACUGCUGGCUGCAGCAGCGGUGCUAGCAGUAGUGAUAGUGUUAAUCAUAAGAAACUACGAAGAGUACAAAAUAAAGCUAGAUCACAAACUAAUCACAAUAAUAGCGCCAAUGUGACCAACACGAACACAAAGGCAACUAGAAGUAAGCAUCUGGAGAAAUAAAUCCACCCGAGAACAAUUGAUCUGAACUAUCUAACCCGUAGUAGAUAUGAUUUGAACUAGCAGACUAUAUAUAUAAAUGUAGAACAAACACAAACCAAUUCCCUUCCCUUUGAUUGGGAUAAACAAAAAUUCUAAUGACAAUUGUUAGUUAAUUUUUUAUAGAUCUAGUUAGUUUCAUUCGCUUUUGUAUUUCUGACUUCCGUUAAAAUUUUAACAUUUCUCCACCAUUCUUUUCGUUCCUUUAUAUUCGUUUUAAUUUACGUACUAAUUAACCGAUUUACUUUCAUUGUUUGGCAUUUUAACAUUUUGUAUUAUUCUGUCAAAGAGUUUCGACAACUGUCUACAAAUUCUACCAUAACUCCAAAUACACUAUUUACCAUAUGUUAAUUCUUUGUCUGAACAGGCUCUAGAUAUUCAUAAAAUAGACCGAAUCGUUGUCUCAAUGUACCAAUAGUUUAUAUUUUAACUUACCACAACCUAUAUCAAUAGAAGCAAGCGCUGGAAAACCACACGUUUCACUAACACACUUUCUCUCAAGAUGUCACCCACACCAAAAGAAAACAAAAUAAACAAGGAACCAUCCUUACAAACAAUAA